AUGGCAGCUGCAGCUGGAUCUCAGGUUUCUCAGCUGCAAGGUUGUUCCCAGCUGCAGCUGAGCCAGCCAAUGUUGAGUGGCUCCCAUGGUGAGGAGGGCUCAGCUCACAUGCGUAAGGCCCUUACCUACGCCAUGGUGCUCCCCAGGGUGGAAGUGAGAAUGCUGAACAUCUUCCUAAAGUCACACCAUAGAGAGAAGGAGAGACCCGAGGUCAUCACCUACCCCCAUCUCCGCAUCAGGUCCAAGCCCUUUUGCUGUGGAUAUGGUAACCAUAUCCUAUUCCAUAACCCACAUGUGAAUCUGCUUCCAACUGGCUAUGAAGAUCAGUAA